AUGGCAAGCGGGGAGAACCCCAUGAACCAGACUGAACAAGAGAGCCAGGGCCCAAGUGGAUCAGGGCAAGCUUGUGAGGCUUCGGAGCACUAUUCCUCAUUUGGGAUAAGAUCCACGACGAACUGGUCCAAAUCUGGUAAGGAUGGGCAUUGGCCAAAUGGCGAUCUACUGCGAACCGCGGCUGAUGGGGAGUUCUGGGCUAAGCGUGCUGUACGAAAGAAGGUGCAAAUCAAAAAGGGGGUGGGUCAACUUACCCUUAAGCACAUUCACAUGGGCCGAGCUGAUUGUCCUAGCGGAAUGACCGAUGACCGAUGA